CUCCCUGUAUUCUAUUAGGAAUGGACUCUCCUCCUAAGAGUUACACAAUAUUGAGACACACAGCAGCUAUACUGGGGAACAUUGCUUUUGAGAAGGAACUGUACAGAAGAGAGAUUAAAGUAACUGGUGGAGUCACUUUACUGCUGGAGUUGUUGGAUUGUCCUGAUGAUAAAGUGAAGGAGGCUUCAUUAGGAGCUGUUAUGAAUUUAACUCACUCAAAGGAGGUCUGUGUAUUAAUGAGACAACUGGGAGCUAUACAAAUAUUAACUGAACUCUGUACUCUACCUAAUAUCAGUAUUCAGAUAUCAGGACUGUGUCUGGGUAUCCUUACCAAUGCACUCAUUAAUGACACUGAGGAGGCUCUUGAGGUAUUUGAAGUGUAUCAUGUGUAUGAUAGACUGAUGGACUGGCAUGAGGAGAGGAAGGAACACUGUACUGAUAUUGAGGGGAUCAUUGAACAAGUACUGACCACCAUUAGUGGCCUAAGGAGUGGAAAUAAAAUUGUUACUGACGAUGAAAAACCUGGACUAACAUGUGCCCCAUUCCCCAAGCAAAGUGAUACAACUCCAAAGACCUCAAAGGUGAAGACGGCCAGUUCCUCUCUCUCCCCUUCACCUCACCACAGGCACAACGGUGCUGGUUCUAAACACAAGACCUCACCUACCUACAGGUUACUUAGCUCUGAGUUACGUAAAUCAAUGUCAGCUCCUGCUUCUCAAGAGACAGCCAUUAUUUCUCCUCCAGUGACUGCUCCUGGUAGUGGGUCUACUUCUGAUGUGUUCUUGUUUGGGUCAAUAAUUAACAGAUACAAUAAGAACAAUAGUUGUAACCUUUUUAUUGAUAUUUGCUCCAUUGAAUCUUUAAAGAGACACAAUAUUGAUGAUCGAGUAUUGAGGUCAUUGUGUGCGCUAGCUAAUGAUGAAACUGGUGGGUGUGUCUAUUUGGGUGUGGCCAGUAACGGAAUAGUUCAUGGGAUACCACUGGAGAGGGCACAAAAAGAUAUGAUUCGUAGAGAUAUUGAUCGUUCCAUCAGCAGAGUGAUAGUCCCUUCACUUGAUGAUAGAUACAUCGUCUCAUUCCUUCCUGUACUGAGAGGAGAAGAGAGGGAGGGAGAAGGAGCUGCUAAUAGUUUUGUGAUUGAAAUCAACGUACUGGCAUCACUUACUAAUGCUGUUCAUAUACUGAGAGGAAGGGAGAGUAAAGAUGGAGGAACUACUGAUGAGAGAUGUUUUGUGACUAGAGAUAGACAGUGUAUGAAGUUGAGUUUACUUGAGGUACAAGAAUUAGUUGAAGCUCGUGAAAUUGAAAGAUACAAGAAGAAAGGAAACAUUCAAAUGUUGUAAACUGUAAACUGCAGUCCUUUGUAUCAUUUAAUCACUCAUUCAUUUAUAUUGAUUUAUAAUUGUACAUACUAGUAUAUGUACAUUGUUUUUUGUCAUUAUAUUCAUAAUAAUGUUCAAUUGUCCAUAGUGACAUAGCCUCAA